GGGCUAACUAAACGGGAACUCCUCCCCCUAUGCCUACUUCCUGUACAGGAAAAAAGCAAAAGAGCCGAAUGUAUGAAAGCAUUUGUAGCUAGAAAGUGAGCGACAAAGCGAGGAAUCACGGCUAUCCUGCGUUGGUUGGGCUGGUUCAGGAUGGCUGCUCAGGCGAAUAGGGUCAUGGCAUUGUCGGAGUGGGAGGGUCGUUGGCAGGACGGCAAGACUGGCUGGCACCAGCCCCAAGUUCACAAGCUGCUUGAGAACAACCUUGACAAAGUGCUGUGUGGGCGAAAAGAAGUCCGGUUCUUUUUUCCUCUCUGCGGGAAAGCCAUUGACAUGAAAUGGCUGGCAGAUAAGGGCCAUUCUGUGGUGGGGGUGGAGAUAUCAGAAAAGGCUAUUAAACAGUUCUUUGAAGAGCAGAACCUGACCUACAGUGAAGCAUCUGUCCCAGACACACCUGGAGCAAAGGUGUUCAAGAGUUCUGAUGGAAAGAUCUCUCUGUAUCAGUGUGAUCUGUACAAGUUUUCCAGUGAUGUUGCAGGGCAGUUUGGGGGAAUUUGGGACAGAGGCUCUCUGGUGGCCAUUAACCCUUGCGACAGAGAGAGGUAUGCUGCUCUUAUCACAUCCCUAAUGGAUAAGAAUUGCAGGUACCUCCUGGAUACGUUGUUGUACAAUCCACAGUUAUACAAAGGUCCUCCAUUUUUAGUGUCUGAUGAAGAUGUUAAAAAUCUCUUUGGGAAAACCUGUGAUGUAGCGUUCCUGCAAUCAGAGGAUGGUUUAAUGGAACGCCACAAGGAGGAGGGUCUGGACUCCCUUACGGAGCAAGUGCACCUGCUGACUCUGAAGGCAAAUUAGGCCACGGAAUGAAGUCUUUCAUUGGGUCUGAAGAAUUGUGAAGAUUUCAGGAGAGCAAAAAUGCUGCUAAAAUGCGUGAUCAACUCAUCAGUUGUGGCACACUCAAAGAGCUACAUGAAAUACUAGCCUGUGGAUGGAUUUUAGCAUUAGUCCAUUUUGAUUGAUUUUCUUGAAUUUUCUUGAUUUGAAUUAAAAUUAAAACAUUUUUUUAAAUAAA